CGCUGCUCCGCCGCCGAGCGCCUGGCAGGGAAUCCUGGAGCGGUGCAGAGGAACGGUUUACCCGCGAAAGAUACCUCGGGUCUCCUGUGAUCAGGCACAAGCGCAUACAGAAUGCUCCUGUUUUCUGUCUGCUGGUUACUUCCUGCCUUGUGACCACACAGCCUGCUUGACAGGGCUGCUCUGCAGAUCUGAAGGACUGGCCUUUCUGACCACACAGCAGUGCUACUGAGGACAGCGUCCCGGCAAGGUCUGUCAGCUAAAGCAGUCAAAAUGGCCACCAGAGGAUCAGUGUCUGAUGAAGAAAUGAUGGAGCUCAGAGAGGCUUUUGCCAAAGUCGAUACCGAUGGCAAUGGCUACAUCAGCUGCAGUGAGCUGAAUGACCUGUUCAAGGCUGCCUGCCUGCCUCUGCCUGGGUACCGAGUGAGAGAGAUCACAGAAAACCUGAUGGCCACGGGUGAUCUGGACCAAGACGGGAAGAUCAGCUUCGAUGAGUUCAUCAAGGUCUUCCAUGGCCUAAAAAGCACCGAGGUUGCCAAAACCUUUCGGAAAGCCAUCAACAAGAAGGAAGGAAUCUGUGCAAUUGGCGGCACCUCUGAGCAGUCCAGCGUUGGCACCCAACAUUCCUACUCAGAGGAAGAAAAGUACGCCUUCGUCAACUGGAUAAACAAAGCCCUGGAGAAUGACCCUGACUGCCGGCAUGUCAUCCCCAUGAACCCAAACACCGAUGAUCUCUUCAACGCUGUAGGGGAUGGCAUAGUUCUUUGUAAAAUGGUCAACCUGUCAGUGCCAGACACAAUUGAUGAGAGAACAAUCAAUAAAAAGAAGCUCACACCUUUCACCAUUCAGGAAAACUUGAACUUGGCUCUGAACUCUGCCUCGGCCAUUGGGUGCCACGUGGUUAACAUAGGGGCUGAGGACCUGAAGGAGGGGAAGCCUUAUCUGGUGCUGGGACUCCUGUGGCAAGUCAUCAAGAUCGGGUUGUUUGCUGACAUCGAGCUCAGCAGAAAUGAAGCUCUGAUUGCUCUUUUGAGAGAAGGAGAGAGCCUAGAGGACCUGAUGAAGUUGUCCCCCGAAGAACUCCUGCUGCGGUGGGCUAACUACCACCUGGAAAAUGCAGGCUGCAACAAAAUCAGCAAUUUCAGCACCGACAUCAAGGACUCCAAAGCUUAUUACCACCUGCUGGAGCAGGUGGCUCCAAAGGGAGAUGAAGAAGGAAUCCCAGCUGUUGUGAUUGACAUGUCAGGCCUGAGGGAGAAGGAUGACAUCCAGAGGGCAGAGUGCAUGCUGCAGCAGGCGGAGAGGCUGGGCUGUCGGCAGUUUGUCACGGCCACCGAUGUUGUCCGGGGGAACCCCAAGUUGAACCUGGCUUUCAUUGCCAACCUCUUUAACAAAUACCCUGCCUUGCACAAACCAGAGAACCAGGACAUUGACUGGGGGGCUCUCGAAGGUGAGACAAGGGAAGAGCGGACGUUCAGGAACUGGAUGAACUCGCUGGGGGUCAACCCUCGCGUCAAUCACCUGUACAGUGACUUAUCGGACGCCCUGGUCAUCUUCCAGCUCUAUGAAAAGAUCAAAGUCCCUGUUGACUGGAACAGAGUCAACAAGCCUCCCUACCCCAAGCUCGGAGGCAACAUGAAAAAGCUUGAGAACUGUAAUUAUGCAGUGGAUCUGGGGAAGAAUCAAGCUAAGUUCUCCCUAGUUGGCAUCGCAGGACAAGAUCUCAAUGAAGGAAACCACACUCUCACGUUGGCACUGGUUUGGCAGCUCAUGAGAAGGUACACACUGAAUAUCCUGGAAGAGAUUGGUGGUGGACAGAAGGUCAAUGAUGACAUUAUUGUCAACUGGGUGAAUGAAACGUUGAAGGAGGCGCAGAAAAGCUCGUCCAUCUCUAGUUUCAAGGACCCAAAGAUUAGUACCAGCCUCCCAGUCCUGGAUCUCAUUGAUGCCAUUCAACCAGGCUCCAUAAACUAUGACCUUCUAAAGACAGAAAACCUGGAUGAUGAAGAGAAACUCAACAAUGCAAAGUAUGCCAUCUCUAUGGCUCGAAAAAUUGGAGCACGAGUGUAUGCCCUUCCAGAAGACCUGGUUGAAGUGAACCCCAAAAUGGUCAUGACUGUGUUUGCCUGCCUUAUGGGGAAAGGGAUGAAGAGGGUGUAAGGCCCAGGGAAGUGAGCCAGAACAUGACACAGUCAACCCUGGGAGUCGGCACAGGGUGCUCCCAGGAUACAGAGGACCAUUUCAAGCCAUUCCAAAGGACUGAACGUUGGAGACACUCUAUAAGAUUCCAGAAAGCGCAUAUUUGUUUGGCCAAGUAGCUUCUACUAUACUUAGCAGUACGUGCUUUUCCCUCCUGUUUUUAUUUUUUAUUUUUCUCCAGAAGAUCGACUCUCCUACAAUUUUUUUUUUAUUAUUAUUCUUUGAAAUUCUACCAGGAAAAAAAAAAUUUUUUUUUAAAGAAGUUAUUUCCAGAUACCUGCUCUGCUUUCCUUGGUAGCCAAGGAUAAAAACUACAGUGUUCUUAAUGGUCUCCUUAUCUCUUAAGCCUGUUUGCUCUUGCUGCUUUUUGCCUUGUUCAGAGUGAGGACCUGGAGGGGAUCAUCAAACUUGCCUUAAAUAAAGCCUGUUGCUAGAGGCCCACAAGGGAUGGUCACAGCCUCUCUUUGCAUCUCCUUCUCUCAGCCUGUCUCCCUGUGAGUUUGCCCCAUUCCCCUCAGAACCCUACUUUCUCUGUGGUUCCCUUUCUUGCAGUUCUUGUCUUCAGGCCACCGUAGCAUCUGACAAAUCAGUCAAGCUCUGGGCAUCCCGGGAGUCUCUGGGAGCCUGCAAAACUGGGGAUUCAAGGAAAGUGUAAUGAAGAGUAAACCCACUAAGGGCAGAUAUGGAGGGUUUACGAAGCCUCUACCCUUCUGGGAGCAUCUCCAUGCAUUUAGCCCUGUUUGUUUAGGUGUCUGGUCAUUGUGGUGUCUAGUGACAGUCAGAAGCAAUCCUGCUCAGCUUCAUUUGCUUUUAGACAUCAGGAUACUUGGUUGCUGCCAGUAUUACCAACACUCUGUUGGUACUACAAAAGCCUUUUGCCAACCGAAGUUCCUGGGGGUUGAUAUGUGCCAAUAAUAUAUGUCCCUUCAUCACCCAAAUGCUGGCACAGGCAUAUACACACAUGUAGCUGGAUGUCAAGGGUAGAAUGUUGACGAGGAACUGCCUGGAUUUCAAAAACAAACUAAAAGGGACAGUGUGAGUUUGAAUAGUCCCACUAGAUAAGCAAUUUCCAUGAAAACCUACCAAAAGCUUAAAAGCCACAGCAUUGUGAAAGCUAAACUCCCUCUGCCUUACUGAAGGCUUAUCCCAAAGGUAUCUUCUUUAGAGAUGGAAGGAUGUAGUGGAACUUUGUCAUCUUCCAAAGCAAUGAAAACAUGGGGUGUUGGCUUCAUUCCUCCACAGUAGGAUCAGGAAGCCAAUAAAUGACCCUUUCCAGCUCCCAGCCUGGGAUUCCUGCUGCAUCUGAAUGCAAAGUGUCUGGCUGUGACUCUAGUCUGAACUUGAUGUAGCUUCCAGAUGCUGUUUCCCCAUCUGCCUCCACAAAAGGAAGAAUGUUAUUGCCUUAAUGGAAAAUGGAGAUAAAUCAUGUUAAAAAUCUUUCCAAAUAAAAUGUUCCCAAUA